AUGUUCCAAACAAUCCACGACAUUGACCUUAAAGACCGCCUUCGAAGCAAAAAAGCCCGUAAUCCAUGGGAACACGACCUCAAGCCAUAUCACCGUCAUUACUAUCAUGCCAGAAGAAGUGCAAAAGAACAACAAGAAUCAACGAUAGGAAUCACAAACCUCUUCAUCCUCGCCACAGCAGCCCUCGAAACCAGCCUCCCCAAAAACUCGACCACCACCUCAACAGGCCCAGCAACAGCAACACAAAUCAUCCACGCCGAAAUCGAAUCCAUAUCCUCUCACCUGUCCUCUCUCAACGAGCACAUCCACACCUUCAACGGCCCCGCUAUCAUCCAACAUCUCGAACUCUUCAGCGAAAAGCUCAUGCACAUGGGAAAUCACAUCGCCUCCGCCGCCGCCUCCGCCGCUGCCGCAGAGCAACAAGAUAUGACAGCAACAACAACAACAACGAUAAUAAACGACGCCAAAACAUCCUUGACCCUCAUCUUCUACAUUAAACAUGCCCUCCAGCCCUACAAUCGCGAAACACUCUCCCAACUGCGCAAAACCAAGGGAAGAAUUUCGAGGUUGGGCCUCUUGGACGAUGUGACGUUGGCAUUGAGAGAAGUGUGCGUAGGGUGA